AUGAUGAUGCCUCGUCCCGGAACGCUUCUUCUCCUCCUCCUCGCCGUCUUCGCCGCGAGCCCGAGCGCCUCUGAAACGGCCGUCGCCGUCGCCGACGGCGAUGGACGGCAGGUUUACAUCGUGUACCUUGGGCACCUGGCUUCGCCGGGCCUGUCGGAGUCCGAGGAUGGUGUCUCUGCUGUAGAGUUUGCUCAUCACGACCUGCUGAACCAGGUCCUUGACGACAGCAGCUCUGCUUCAGAUAGGAUCCUCCGUAGUUACAAGAGAAGCUUGAAUGGCUUCGCAGCAAGGCUAACCGAACAGGAGGCAAAUGAACUAUCUAGCAUGGAUGGUGUCGUGUCAGUCUUCCCGAGUGGGAUCCAUGAGCCUCUGACCACAAGAUCGUGGGACUUCUUGGGCUUCCCUCAAACGCCGACGGAAGAGCUACCGUUGGAGGGAGAGAUCAUCGUCGGCAUGCUCGACACCGGCAUAUGGCCCGACUCGCCGUCCUUCUCCGACGACGGCUUCGGCCCACCGCCGAGCAGGUGGAAGGGUGUGUGCCAGAACUUCACCUGCAACAAUAAGAUCAUCGGAGCUCGCGCCUACAGGGGCGGGUCGAGCGAUGGCCUGUCGCCGCUCGACGACGAGGGCCACGGCAGCCACACGGCGUCCACAGUGGCCGGGCGGGCGGUCGGCAACGUCAGCUUCGGCGGCCUGGCCGCCGGCGUGGCCCGCGGCGCCGUGCCGGGCGCCAGGCUCGCCGUCUACAAGGUGUGCUGGAGCCGGGGCGGCUGCGGCGAGGCCGACAUCCUCGCGGCGUUCGACGACGCCAUCGCCGACGGCGUCGACGUGAUCUCCUUCUCCAUCGGGAGCCCGAUGCCAUGGCAGUACUUCGAGUCCGCGCAGGCCAUCGGGUCCUUCCACGCCAUGCGGCGCGGGGUGGUCACGUCCACGUCGGCCGGCAACUCGGGGCUCAUCGGCGGGCGCGCCUGCAACGUCGCGCCGUGGAUGCUGUCGGUGGCGGCGAGCAGCAUCGAUCGCCGGUUCGUCGACAAGAUCGUCCUUGGCAACGGCGAGACCAUAGUGGGAGCCUCCAUCAAUACCUUCCCAACGCUAACAAAUGCUACACUUGCAUUCCCCGCCAACGGGUCCUGUGAUCCGGACAACCUGGCCGGAGGUUCAUACAAAGGGAAGAUCGUCCUCUGCCCGCCGCCGGCCAAGAUCGGCCAUCCGAACGAUGGCUCAGGUCCGCUCUCGGCCGGUGCAGCAGCCGUCGUCAUAGUCACCCGUGCAUCCGACGUCGCCUUCGUGCUGCCUCUCCCCGGCCUCACGGUAACUCGGGACCAGUUCGACCAAAUCAUGGCGUAUGUCAACAGCACUAGCAAUCCUGUGGCUACCAUUGACAGAACCGAGACAACUGGCAAUCCACAAGCUCCGGCGGCCGCCUCGUUCUCUUCUCCGGGGCCGAACCUGAUCACCCCCGGGAUCUUGAAGCCUGAUCUAUCGGCGCCAGGGAUCGACAUCAUAGCCGCAUGGUCGAUGCUGUCGUCGCCGACAGGCAAUCCCAAUGACAACAGGAAAGUUCAGUACAACAUCAUCUCCGGCACGUCCAUGGCGUGCCCGCACGCGAGCGGCGCCGCCGCGUACGUCAAGUCGUUCCACCGCGACUGGUCUCCGGCGAUGAUCAUGUCGGCUCUCAUCACCACCGCCACUCCGAUGAACACGCCGGGCAACUCCGGCUGGACCGCGCUCAAGUACGGCGCCGGGCAGCUCAGCCCGGUGAAGGCGCGCGACCCGGGCCUCGUGUACGACGCGUCAGAUGGUGACUACGUGGCCAUGCUGUGCGCGCAGGGGUACAACGCCACGCAGCUCGCGCUCGUCACCGGCUCCAACGCCACGGCCUGCGCCGCAGCCGGCGGCUCCGCCGGCGACCUCAACUACCCGACCAUGGCGGCCCGCGUCGAGCCAGGGAGGAACUUCACCGUGCGCUUCCCGCGGACCGCCACCAACGUCGGGGCCGCGGGCGCCGCGUACGACGUGAAGGUCGAAGUCGCCCUUGAGGCGGCCAAAGACGUCACCGUCGAUGUCUCGCCGCGCAGGCUGGAGUUCACCGCGCCGAGCCAGAAGGUCUCCUUCGCCGUGACGGUGUCCGGCGCGGCGCCGGCGGAGGGCCAGGUCCACUCGGCGGCCGUCCUGUGGUACAACGACGAGCACCAGGUGAGGAGCCCGGUGGUGGUGUACGCAGCGGAGGGACAGGAUUAA